AGGGGACGCCAGGAGGGCAGCGAUGCUCCGGGCUGGUGCAGGCUUGCUGGGGGAUGUCGGCUGAUGCGAGCUGGAGAGCGCGUGUGGCGGCCGCGGCGCCAGUGUUUGUGUGUAUGUGAGAAAGCAAGGGGCGAGCGCGAGUGCGAGUGAGGCAAAGAUAGAGCGCAUGUCUCAUCCCUGCGAGCAGCCACUAGACGCUCCACCACCAUCUUUUGCAUGUGCAACAUUUGCAGCCGGACAGAAAACCUCUCCCAGGGCUAUGGAGACUGCGGGAAAAAUCUGGCGGCUCGCGAUGGAUUGCUAAGGAGAAAUAGUCAUAAUCUUAAACCACCGAAACCUCUUUCCUUUUUUUUCUUUCUUUUCUUUCUUUUUUUUUUUUUUUUUUUUUUGGUUGAUUUUAAUUUUAGCGCCAUCGUCUUCAAUGCUUCUCUGAACAGCCUUUAGGAAGAGUGCGAGAGAAAGAGAGAGAGCGCGCGCCAGGGAGAGGAGAAAAGAAGAUGAGGAUUAUUUGCAGACAGAUUGUCUUGUUAUUUUCUGGAUUUUGGGGACUCGCCAUGGGAGCCUUUCCGAGCAGCGUGCAAAUAGGUGGUCUCUUCAUCCGAAACACAGAUCAGGAAUACACUGCUUUUCGAUUAGCAAUUUUUCUUCAUAACACCAGCCCCAAUGCGUCGGAAGCUCCUUUUAAUUUGGUACCUCAUGUGGACAACAUUGAGACAGCCAACAGUUUUGCUGUAACAAAUGCCUUCUGUUCCCAGUAUUCUAGAGGAGUAUUUGCCAUUUUUGGACUCUAUGAUAAGAGGUCGGUACAUACCUUGACCUCAUUCUGCAGCGCCUUACAUAUCUCCCUCAUCACACCAAGUUUCCCUACUGAGGGGGAGAGCCAGUUUGUGCUGCAACUAAGACCUUCAUUACGAGGAGCACUCUUGAGUUUGCUGGAUCACUACGAAUGGAACUGUUUUGUCUUCCUGUAUGACACAGACAGGGGAUACUCGAUACUCCAAGCUAUUAUGGAAAAAGCAGGACAAAAUGGUUGGCAUGUCAGCGCUAUAUGUGUGGAAAAUUUUAAUGAUGUCAGCUAUAGGCAACUUCUAGAAGAACUUGAUAGAAGACAAGAGAAGAAGUUUGUAAUAGACUGUGAGAUAGAGAGACUUCAAAACAUAUUAGAACAGAUUGUAAGUGUUGGAAAGCAUGUUAAAGGCUACCAUUAUAUCAUUGCAAACUUGGGAUUCAAGGAUAUUUCUCUUGAGAGGUUUAUACAUGGUGGAGCCAAUGUUACUGGAUUCCAGUUGGUGGAUUUUAAUACACCUAUGGUAAUCAAACUAAUGGAUCGCUGGAAGAAACUAGAUCAGAGAGAGUAUCCAGGAUCUGAGACUCCUCCAAAGUACACCUCUGCUCUGACUUAUGAUGGAGUCCUUGUGAUGGCUGAAACUUUCCGAAGUCUUAGGAAGCAGAAAAUUGAUAUCUCAAGGAGAGGAAAUGCUGGGGAUUGUCUGGCAAAUCCUGCUGCUCCAUGGGGCCAGGGAAUUGACAUGGAGAGGACACUCAAACAGGUUCGAAUUCAAGGGCUGACAGGGAAUGUUCAGUUUGACCACUAUGGACGUAGAGUCAAUUACACAAUGGAUGUGUUUGAGCUGAAAAGCACAGGACCUAGAAAGGUUGGUUACUGGAAUGAUAUGGAUAAGUUAGUCUUGAUUCAAGAUGUACCAACUCUUGGCAAUGACACAGCUGCUAUUGAGAACAGAACAGUGGUUGUAACCACAAUUAUGGAAUCCCCAUAUGUUAUGUACAAGAAAAAUCAUGAAAUGUUUGAAGGAAAUGACAAGUAUGAAGGAUACUGUGUAGAUUUGGCAUCUGAAAUUGCAAAACAUAUUGGUAUCAAGUAUAAAAUUGCCAUUGUCCCUGAUGGAAAAUAUGGAGCAAGGGAUGCAGACACAAAAAUCUGGAAUGGGAUGGUAGGAGAACUUGUUUAUGGGAAAGCAGAGAUUGCUAUUGCCCCUCUGACAAUCACUUUGGUACGAGAGGAGGUCAUUGACUUUUCUAAGCCCUUCAUGAGUUUGGGCAUAUCUAUCAUGAUCAAAAAGCCUCAGAAAUCCAAACCAGGAGUGUUUUCCUUCUUGGAUCCUCUGGCCUAUGAGAUUUGGAUGUGCAUAGUCUUUGCCUACAUUGGUGUCAGCGUGGUCUUAUUCCUAGUUAGUAGAUUUAGUCCAUAUGAGUGGCACACAGAAGAGCCAGAGGACGGAAAGGAAGGACCCAGCGACCAGCCUCCCAAUGAGUUUGGCAUCUUUAACAGCCUCUGGUUUUCCCUGGGUGCUUUUAUGCAGCAAGGAUGUGACAUUUCACCCAGAUCCCUCUCAGGUCGAAUUGUUGGAGGUGUUUGGUGGUUCUUUACACUCAUCAUUAUAUCAUCUUAUACUGCUAACCUCGCUGCUUUCCUGACGGUUGAGCGAAUGGUCUCUCCCAUAGAAAGUGCAGAAGACCUGGCCAAACAAACAGAAAUUGCCUAUGGAACACUGGAUUCAGGGUCAACAAAAGAAUUCUUCAGAAGAUCAAAAAUAGCAGUGUAUGAAAAGAUGUGGACCUACAUGCGAUCAGCAGAGCCAUCAGUGUUCACUAGGACUACAGCUGAGGGAGUAGCUCGUGUCCGCAAAUCCAAGGGCAAAUUUGCAUUUCUCCUGGAGUCCACUAUGAAUGAAUACAUUGAGCAGCGAAAGCCAUGUGACACGAUGAAAGUGGGAGGAAAUCUGGAUUCCAAAGGCUAUGGAGUAGCAACGCCCAAGGGUUCCUCAUUAAGGAGGAGGACAGAGGAGAACUAACCAGCUCCAGGACCAAGGCUGUAUCUGUUCAGUUGACAAGACCACCUGCCUUUCAAGUUUUUUCUCAGCUCAAGGAGUAUUUAGCCUGAGAGGAUUGAAAUUGCCAUCUUACAAUGGCUUCCAAAACUUAAUCAGGCAUAGACCCUACCAAGCCUGACAAACUUCCCAGGAAAAAGAAAAUUUCCCGCAGAGAGCCAUAGAAGGAUGAAUAUAUAGUUUAGCUAUACAGGGAAGAGUCAUGAUAGGAAACAAAAGGUAUCCUGGUACUGUAGGAGGAACACUGGACCAGAAAGCAGAAGACCUGCGCCCCAGCUGGACUUUGAUGGACAAUUCACCUAACUUUCAUUAGGCCCCAGGGACUGCAUCCUAGGGCCUAAUAAGAAGGAUGGGCAUAACCUCUAACCUACAUUUUGAUUCAAAAAUUCUGGGAUUCUAAGUCUUUAAAGGAAUUGAUGAAAGUUUUUAGGAGUCAGCAAAGAAUGGGAAAAGUAAAGAUGAUCCGUAGACCAUGGAAUGGAAUUCUGGAAAUCACAUAAGGAGAUGAAGAAAUCAAGAGUCAGAGACAGUGGGGGAGUCCACACAGCAAAUCCUGGUCCAGGCAGGGCAUCUGCAUGAAAGACACAGUACUGUUGAACAGCUCACAUGCUGUUUAUGUAACAGAGACCAGUUCUUAUAUUUUAAAAUUGUAUUUUACCUACUUUAAAGCAAAUUUACUUUAGAAUAAUAAUAACCACAACUUGAAAAAUGAAUGCUAUUCAGAGAUAACUUGAAGAACUUCACUAGCUAGGCAAGGUCUCAUUUGAAACAAAGCUUUCACAUGUAUAAUUUAAGCACAGUGAUAACAACAAGGGAAUGGCCUGAGGCAGGGACUUUACUGAGUAUAGUCUCAAACACCCCAAGGCCACCACAAAUAAAUAAAAUGUGUGGUAUGAAAUAUGAAUAGUUGAUAUUUUCUCAAUAUUAUAUAACUAAAAGCAUCUUUUCACAUUUUUUAAAAUUUUUAUUGGUUUCACAUUCAGUGUUUAAAAAUGGGAGUGGGUAUGGUGGCUCACACUUGUAAUCCAAGGCAGGUGGAUCACUUCAGCCCAGGAGUUCGAGACCAGCAUGGGCAACAUGGCAAAACCACAUUUCUACAAAAUAUACAAAAAUUAGCUGGGUAUGGUAGUGUGCACUUGCAGUCAAUCUUAGCUACUCAGGAGGCUAAGGUGGGAGGAUCACCUGAGCCUCGGGAGGUCAGGGCUGCAGUGAGCCAUGAUCAUGCCACUUCACUCCAGCCUGGGCAACAGAGUGAGACCCUGUCUCAAAAAAUAAAAAUAAUAAAAAAUUAAAAUGUUCUGCAUAUGAUGCAACUGUACAAUGAUCACAGAUUGAGGCUAGUACUUUGGAAAUCCCUUCUCAAUAAAUCAGUCUUAAAAUCUCUGCUCUAUUAAAAUUCUGAGCCACCAGGUGUCAUAGAAAUGUUUUUAUUUCGCUUACCUUUAAUAGACAGACUUAGAAGUCAUCACUAACUAUUUUUAAAAUAAAUGUUAUUCGAAUUUAGAACAGAUAUAUUUUUAAUCUGUGUUCAAGUUGCCCUUCCAAGGUCUGUGAACCCCUGAAAUUAUGUAUAAGUCUGGGGUUUUAUAAGUUUUUGCAUUUCUUCCUGAGAAAGUAUUUGUACUUUCAUUGAAUUCUAAAAGAGAACCAUGACCCAAAGUAGGUAAAAAAAUUCUACUCUGUGACCUAAAAUUGACAAAAUCAUGAAGCUAAGUUUCAUGAAAUAUUUGUAAAUAUUACCUAAAAAAUACUCAACACUAAAAGUGUAAUUAAAAUUUUCAUUGAUCACACUCCCUAGCUAAUGCUCUGGCUAAGUUCCUGGGAGAUAUCCUAACAAAAAUCACAAAGCUCCUUCAAGGAAUAACAUUCCUCAGAUCCAUGUCUCAACUAGAAAUUAAUCAUGCAAAUUCCAAUGAACAUGCAAUUUAGAGACAAUUGCUGGAAUCCAGACAAGUAUCGGUUUAACUUGUUCAGCUCUCCUUGACUCAACUUGGAAUAUGAAAUACAAAGGUUUCCACACUAACUUAAUUACAUAUAUGUCAUCUAAAACCCAAACCAAAGACACUAAAUCCUUCCUUAUCAAAGUAGUUUUCAAGUGCUCAUUGCAAAUCAUGCUGGGUCUGAAUUGUCUUUCCACUUACAAACAUUUUUCUCUCCUUAUUUUAAUAUUAAAUUCCUGAUCAAUAGUACCAUUUAAUGCAAAUCUUACUUGUCAUCGCAUAGGCAAACUGGAGUAAAAACUCAAUAUCUUUUCUAAAAACUUUUUGCAUAUAUAUGUAGAGCAAUCUAGCCCAAAUUCUGCCUUUGGAAAUGAGUGCACAAAUCCAAUGAUGCAAAAAGAGCCUUGUGCUUGUCUACUGGAAUGAAUAAUUUGGGAAGAAAAGUAAUAACACGGCUACAAGUUAAAUUGAAAACUUAGUGGAGCAUUGAUAAUGCUGAAAACUGGCUACUCUUCGAGGCUAAAUAGUUGAUAAAGGGUAGAAUUGUGAAUGCAAAAGCCUUUCCUUAAAAUUAGACAUAUUUAGUUCUUAACUCUUCAUCAUUUGACAGCCUAUUCUUAUUUACUUUUUGUGUUUUCUUGAUUAAUAAAAUAGUCAUUUUUUCUCAGUAGGUCAUUAAUUGACUUUACACAGAGUUCUGGGGUUGUUGUAAAUUCUCGGCUUUUUUGCUUACUUGCUCCAUUCACCUUUAUCUGGAAGAUGUCAUUAAUUAAACUACAAAAGUAAAUCCUACGUGAUAUUUGCUUCUCUCUACCUAUUUCAUCUUGUUAUAUGGAAUAUGCAUAGAAUUUUUGUGAAAAUACUGACAAUGCAGCUAUAUUUAAUAAUAGAAUGAAUAGUCUAUGUAGAGUUGGUUAUUCAUAUUUCAUGAAAUUACUAUUUUCUUAUUAGCAUGGUUCUGGGAAAACUGUAGCACAUAUAUAUGUAUACACAUACACACACACACACAUAUAUAUAUAUACAUACAUACAUACACACACACACACACACACACACACACACUUGCUGCUAACAAAGCUUAAAUCAAAUGAGUUUUCCAAUCUGGAAUUUUAGUUUGAUUUCAAGAAAGGUAUAAAAUAAAUAUGUAGCAUGAUAGAAUAUAAAAAUAAAUUGUAUUUUUUAACUCCUACAAACAAAUCCAAAAAAAGACUUUUUCUUAGGGUCUCUAAUACUUGUUAGGGAAAGAACAUAGUUGCUAGCCAUAAAUCUGUUUUUCUGAAAACAGAGAUAUAAACUCUUUCUUUUUUUGUAAAUAGCACACUAAGCAGGACUCAAGCCUAUUCAGUCACAUUCAUUUAAUUCAGCCUAAGGGAAAAGACUCACCUUGUCUAUAUAAAUAUGUGUGAAACAGCAAGUCUUCUUUCUAGGCCACUAAGAGUUCUAUUAACCUCCUGUAGCUCCUGUCUGAUGGGGUAUGUCUGCUAAUUGAUGCAUUGCUCAUACUUCUCUGCCUGACCUGUUCCCAUCAAAUAAAGUAGAGCCCUCAUAGAAGCCAAAUACAUCACAUGUCCUCCAGCCUGUGACUAGAGGGACAAAACCAACUGAACCAAAGCAAACCAGAUAAUCAGGAACAAUAAAUGUUUUUCUAAGAACUUUAAGAAUAACCCCUAAUUUAUAUCUCAAAUUUUAUUUAAUCCAAAAUAGAGUAUAUUAUUUGGCUUGAAUAAAACAAUUCCAUAAGGUAUUAUAUUACAAAAUAACUGAAAGCUUUGUUUUUUACUAAUUAUUACAGUAUCACUUUCCACUGCCCAGAAAAUUUUGGGUGUGUGGGGGCAUAAAGAACAAAUGCAAUUUAAGUUCAUCAUCAUCUUACACCCAGAGAUUGUGAUUUGUUGUAUUUUCUUUCAUAUUCUUUUCAACAAUCAACAUUAUAUAUACGUAUACUUAUAUAUAAAUGUAUAGUUUAUUCUCAGACUAAGAUCAAAAUGAACACACACUUGUUUCUUUUUCUGCUUAACAUUAUACUAUAAGUACUCCCUCUUGCCAUUGAAAUUUUUUUAAUGGUUAUCAAACAUCAAUCAUAUGGAUCAUUGGUACUUAUCAACACUAUAACGCCAGAAGCUUUGUAACAUAUGGUACCCCAAUUUAGAAAAAGCUGAUACAGUGGGGGUUAGGUCUGAGCAUGAGUAUUUGCAAUAUGCAGUUAUUAUACUCAAGUCAAAGUUGAGACCAGUGGUGUAUACCAAAAUCUCCUUAAUCUUCCCUCUUUUUGAUAGGUAUAUUGCUUUCAAUUUAUAUAUAUAUAUAUAAUGCUAUAUAUAAUGUUAUACAUAUAAUGCUAUAUAUAAUGUUAUAUAUAUAAAAUGCUAUAUAUAUAAUGUUACAUAUAUAUAAAAUGAGAUUUAUCAUAAGUCAUUUUGGCAGCACCUUUAAUUUCUUAGGAUUGAUUGCUCUAAGGGGAAUUAUUUAAUUAAGGGUGAGAAUUGUUUUAAAGCUUUUGUUGUAUAAAGCCAAAUUAUUUUCUUUUUGGUUUUUAAUUCUUUUUUUCUCCUUUUUUUAAAAUUUCGUCUUUAAAAAAUGGGAUAUAUGUGCAGAACGUGCAGGUUUGUUACAUAGGUAUACAAGUGCCACAAUGGUUUGCUGCACCUAUUGACCCGUCCUCUAAGUUCCCUCCCCUCACCCCCAACCCUCCAACAGGCCCUGGUGUGUGCUGUUCCCUUCUCUGUGUCCAUGUGUCCUCAAUGUUCAACUCCCACUUAUAUGAGUGAGAACAUGUGGUGUUUUGUUUUCUGUUCCUGUGUUAGUUUGCUGAGGAUGAUGGCUUCCAGCUUCAUCCAUGUCCCUGCAAAGGACAUAAUGUCAUUCCUUUUUAUGGCUGCAUAGUAUUCUGUGGUAUAUAUGUACCAUAUUUUCUUUAUCCAGUCUAUCAUUGAUGGGCAUAUGGGUCGGUUCCAUGUCUUUGCUAUUGUACACAGUGCUGCAAUAAACAUGUGUGCAUGUGUCUUUAUAGUAAAAUGAUUUAUAUUCCUUUGGGUAUAUACCCAGUAAUAGGAUUGCUGGGUCAUGGUAUUUCUGGUUCGAGAUCCUUGAAGAAUCACCAUAUUGUCUUCCACAAUGGUUAGACUAAUUUAAAUUCCCACCAACAGUAUAAAAGCAUUCCUAUUUCUCCACAGCCUUGCCAGCAUCUAUUGUUUCCUGACUUUUUAAAAAUCACCAUUCUGACUGGCGUGAGAUGGUGGUACCUCAUUGUGGUUUUGAUUUGUAUUUCUCUAAUGAUCAAUUAUGUUGAGUUUUUUUCAUAUGUUUAUUGGCUGUGUAAAUGUCUUCUUUUGAGACGUGUCUGUUCAUGUGCUUUGCCCAAUUUUUGAUGGGACUGCUUGUUUUUCUCUUGUAAAU